CCAGGACUAAACGAAAACGAUAUCAGUGUUCGUACCGUCAUGCAAAAAAUACCAUGCUAUCAGUCUUAGCUUUUUAGUUUGUGUGCCAGCUGUUUUUAGCGUCGCGUUUUUUGUUUUUAUUAUUUACAUUCGCUUGAAUAGGCGAUCGGCGCUUCAGUAUGUAAUAGUUCCUCAACAAAGCAAACCCCAUCAAUCGACGCAAUUUGCUGUUUUGGUUUUAUGUAGCGCUUCAAAGGUUCUAGGAGUGUAUCUAUCGUCCAGUCUGUGUUCAAACUGUAAGUUGCUAGCAUGGUGAUCCACAGUUCUUACUCGCGACGGCUACAGCUGAUCGCCAGUAUCGUCGCGCUAAGGCACUCUUCGCCACUUGUUGCACAAAGCUGGAGAAAUUACCUGGGGCUUAGAUCGCGACAGUCACCACAACAUCGGUGCAAUCUUGUCAUCUCGCGACUGCAAGCCCUAGUGCAACGCAACAAUGUGCUUAGAAGUUCCAUCGAAGCGAAUAAGCCCGGCAAAUCGACUGCUACCGUGGGAGUGGCCUUCAUUGCAUCAUUUUCUCUGUUUUCGUCGAGUAAAUCGAAAUCAUCAGUGAACUGUGAAGCGCAGAAGGAAUCCGGUGAUAAAAUAGCCCAAACAGACACUGUCUGGAGCCUGAACGAAACUAUUCAACACUCGGAUCAGCUGUUCGAUGAGAACCACUUUCAGGAGGCGUACGACUUGUUGAUGAAAAGUUCGAAUCCCGAAGCGUACGAAAUCAAAUGGCGCAUGGCUCGCGUGCUUUUCAACCUCUCGAAAAGCACACCUAGCCCCAAAAAGGAACAAAUGAUCCGCGAAAGCUUCCAGCUUGCAACGGAAGCCCUAGCGCUGAAUGACAACGAUUUUGCCACGCACAAAUGGUACUCCAUUCUGUUGGAUGCCAAAAGUGUUCUGGACGGUAUCAAGGAGCGCGUAACACAGUUGGAGAACUUCGAAAUGCACUUGAAGCGUGCACUGGAACUGAACCCUGCGGACGCAACCAGCUGGCACAUCUUGGGCCAACUAUACUACGGAUUGGCCGCUCUACCGUGGUAUCAGCGGAAAAUCAUGGCCACAAUGUCCGCUACCCCACCGGAGGGAAGCUAUGAGGUGGCGCUGGAGUGCUUCGAAAAGGCAGAGCACACCAACCCGAACUUCUACUCGAUGAAUCAUCUGAUGUUGGGCAAAACGUAUCAGGCCCUCAAGAACACCGGCAAGGCGAAGGAGUUUCUUACACUGGCUGCCAACGUGAAGGUGUUGAACGAAGACGAUAAGCAAGCGAAAGAGGAGGCAGCAACAUUGUUGAAGAAGUUAUAGUUUUUUCGGGCAUCAUGUAGUCAUGAUACUAUGUAAUUUUUAACAGGUAUUUUAUUGAUAUUGUUAUUUGUAAAAAGUUAUAAAUAAGUUAAUGUUAUGAUUGUUA